CACUUUCAGUUUCAUUUCUUCCUUCUUCUCUCAGCCAUGGCGUCUGCUGAUGUGAAAGACGAGCUGCUCUGCUCCAUCUGUUUAUGUAUUUUUAAGGAUCCUGUAAUGCUGAGAUGUGGACACAACUUCUGCCGAGUCUGUAUUGAUCGUGUACUGUAUACACAGGACGAGUCUGGGGUUUAUACCUGUCCUGAAUGUAGAGAAGAGUUUCAGGAGCGGCCUGCACUGAUGAAGAACAUAAAUCUUCAUAAUGUAGCUGAACAUUUCCUGUUUACUCAGCCAGAUCCAGUGGAGAUCAGCGGGAUCUUGUGCACUUACUGUGUGGACUCUCCUGUACCUGCUGUUAAAUCCUGUCUACACUGUGAGGCUUCUCUGUGUGAGAAACACCUGAGAGUUCACAGUAAGUCAUCAGAACACGUCUUAUCUGACCCUAGCACUUCCCUGGAGAAGAGGAAAUGUUCUGUCCAUAAGAAGAUCCUGGAAUAUUACUGCACUGAGGACUCUGCUUGUAUCUGUGUGUCCUGCAGUUUGGCCGGAGAACAUAAGGGACACCGGGUGGAGAUGCUGGAUGAGGCCUCUGAGAAGAAGAAAGGGAAACUGAGAAAUAUUUUCCAGAAACUGACCACAAAGCGAGAGGAGACUGAGGAAAGAGUCCAGAACCUGGAGGAGCGCAGGAGAAAAGCUCAAGAAAAAGCAUCUGGAGAAGCAAAGAGAGUCACUGCCCUGUUUACAGACAUCAGGAGACGACUGGACAACCUGGAGAAGAGGGUCCUGACUGAGACCUCCAGGCAGGAAAAGGAAGAGUCACUCUCAUUCUCUUCUCGGAUCCAGAAGCUGGAAAUAAAGAAGGUUGAGCUGUCCGGGAGGAUGAGACACAUUGAGGAGAUAUGUAACAUGACUGAUCCACUGACUGUCUUACAGGAACCAGAUACAGGUGACUUGUGUGAUCCUGAGGAGGAAGGAGGUGAUGAAGACAUAAAUAGAUGUCUCCAUGAUGUAGGUGAUCUGGAUGUGGCUGUGAUCUCAGACAAAUUACACACAUUAUGUGACAUAAUAACAGAUAUAAGGAGAGGGAUCUAUGUGGAGGGUCCUGGAGACAUAUUACUGGAUGUAAACACAGCUGCUAAUAAUGUCCUUAUAUCAGACGACCUGAAAACUGCAACCCGUACACAAUAUAAUCAGAAUUGUCCAGAAACAGCAGAGAGAUUCCAGAAUAAUCAGGUGAUGAGCAGCAGGGGAUUUACCUCAGGGCGACAUUACUGGGAUGUGGAGAUCAGUGGAUCAGGGGGUUGGAUGGUGGGGAUGUGUUAUCCCAGUAUACACAGGAGGGGAGAACGGUCAUACAUUGGGGAUAAUAACAAGUCCUGGAGUUUGAGGAGGUAUAAUAAUCAGUAUUCAGUGAGACAUGACGGUAAAGAGAUCCGGUUACCUGACGAGAUCUCCAGUGAUAGAUUCAGGAUAUGUCUGGACUAUGAGGCCGGGCAGCUGUCCUUUUAUGAGCUGUGUGACCCCAUCAGACACUUACACACCUUCACUGCCACCUUCACCGAGCCCCUUCAUGCUGCAUUGUGUGUAUUUGGUAGAAUGAUUUUAAAUCCCAUGCAUGUUCUUAUGAACAUUCGUCGUUGAAGAUUAUUAUUUAGAGGGGUUGACCACUCUAAGUAUCAAAAAUCCAAAGUGCCCCAGACAAUAGCCCAAACCAUGAAGUAUUUCUAUCAGGUGACAUGUACCGGCUCUAUAUCCUGUCUCUAACCUGUUCACCAUGACAUACCUCCCUGGAGGAGCUCCUCAGACCGGCUGUGUGGGAGGAGCAGCUGCAAAGUGAAAGUAAAAAUCCCAGCAUGCAUUGCAGCAAGCAUGUCCAGAGGAGAGGUCACAUGACAUCCCCGCCCACCUGUGUUUCCAUAGAGACAAGAGCCCCUCAGAUAAUACCAAUAACUCAGUCAUCAGUGAAUAACUGCUGUACAGACAUAGCAAUAGGAAGUACGCCCCAGUCCCAGCAGCACACAGGACUAUGAUGCUAAUGUAUCAUACAUAUGUUACUGGGGGGGAGGGGGCCUGUUCAUAAACUUGCUGUGGGGCCUUGUCAUUUCUAGUUGCACCAUUGGAUUUAAGCCAUGAACAGAAUGAAUAGAGGGAGAGAUUCAUAAUUUCCCUUGUUUCUGAAAAAUGGCGUUAAAAAGUUGCAAACUAUGUGUUU